AUGGCUUUGCCAGGAUGGCUCAGGGAUAAAGCCAAACUACAUGGUGCCGGCAGUUCUUUGGAGGAUUGCGGUCAGGUCAGGAAAAGAAGUAGGCUUGCUGAAGACCAGCAGCUUGAGAACACUGUGUUAACAUGGUUUAAUCAAGCUUGGUUUGAGGGUAUGUCUAUCUCUGGCUCUGUUACCCAGACACAGGCAGAAAAAUCCAUCAGGAACUGCAUGGCUCCGAGGUUGAAUUUGAUGCCUCAAACGAAUGGCUUAGUUGGUUUAAAAACCGUCGCGCAGGUGACCAUUAGAGUCAAACAACGAUCAGGGGAUGAAGCUGCAGCAGAUGUGUAUCCGGUGGGAUUACGAAAGUUGAUCGAGGUACAUGAAUUGAGUGCAGAGCCAAUCUACAACUGUGAAGACACGCUCGGACUGAACUCAAGUCAGACCAGCAGAAGACUCUUGGGUUCAAGCAAGUUAAUGAUCCAGUUAUGCUGUAACAAGGAAGGGAUGCAUAAACUUGCUCCACUAGUCAUUGGAAAGUUUGGGGAGCCGAGAUGCUUCCAUCAUGUCAACAUGAAUAGUCUUCCUGCUUUAUACAUGCACUCUUUUAAUGCAUGGAUGACUUCAGUAAUCUCCGAGGACUGGUUUCAUGAGGAGAUUGUGCCUUCUAUCAGGAAAUACCUGCACCUCACAAAAUGUCUGCAUGAAUACCUGCGUAAGUUGAACUUGAAGGAGGCACUUAAUCCGUUCGGAACAUCCUGGAAUGAAGUUGUGCAGAAUAUGAUCUUUGGGUUUUGGAGGAAGGGUUUAGGCCCAGCAGUUGAGAUGGAUGGAGAGGAUAGCUCAGACAGCAAUGAUUUUUACGGGUUCAGCAAGACUGAAGCCGCCACCACUGAGGAAGAGGAUGAGGAGGAUGAGACCCUCAUGUAUGAACCCCUUCAAGCAAUUUCUGAAGUGUUGCGGUCCCUGGGUACUGUGAUGCGCUGGAUUGAAACAUCAAAGCGUGGCACAUUAUCCAGGGUUAUGCAAGUCAGUAAUAUCAUGCACGAUACCAGGGCUGAUGCUAGAGAGAAAGUGGUACAGCGAACACUUAAGGAUUUCUUCAUCAGAGGCGGUAUGAACGAUGACUAG